GCACUUAACAGGAAGAGAAUGACUUAUUUCUCCGUCAUACCAACUCUCUUCUUUCUUGACAAAAGCAAAAAACUAUUGAAAAAUUAAAAGAAAACCUUUCAAGAAGGAUUUUUGAGAAGUUUGUUUUUAAACAGACAGCAGAUCUUUGUGAAUCUUGUUUUUUUUGCAACAUCAUUCAGAAAGUGAAAGUAAAGUUCAGAUCGCUGGAGCUCAAAGAGUGAAAAUGGCUUCACAAUCGGAAGAUGAAUUGUUUUGUCCUGUAUGCAGUGAAAUCUUCAAGGAUCCUGUUGUUUUAUCAUGUAGUCACAGUGUCUGUAAAGAGUGUCUUCAACAGUUCUGGAGAACUAAAGAAACUCAGGAGUGUCCUGUCUGCAAGAGAAGAUCCUCAAGAGAUCAUCCUCCGUGUGAUCUUGCAUUAAAAAACUUGUGUGAGUCGCUCCUAAAAGAGAAACAAGAGAAGGGUUCAUCAGAGUCUGAGGAGCUCUGCAGUUUACACAGUGAGAAACUUGAUUUCUUCUGUCUGGAGGACAAACAGCCGGUGUGUUUAGUGUGCAAAGAUUCACAGGAACACAUCAAACACACAUUCAGACCCAUCGGUGAAGCUGUUCCAACAUAUAAGGAGGAGCUCAAUACAGCAAUGGAGUCUUUGCAAGAGAAAGUUAAACACAGAGAAAAAAUUAAAGGAGAGUUUGAGAAAAUAGUUCAACACAUCAAGUCUCAAGCUGAUCACACAGAGCGUCAGAUUAAACAGCAGUUUGAGAAGCUUCAUCAGUUUCUCAGAGAUGAAGAAGAAGCUACAAUCACUGCACUGAGAGAGGAAGAGGAGCAGAAGAAGCAGAUGAUGAAGGAGAAGCUGGAGGAGAUCAACACACACAUCUCAGCUCUUUCACACACAAUCAAAGACAUGGAGGAGAUGAUGAAAGACAGUGACGUCUGCUUUCUGAAGAAGUUUCCAGUCUCGAUGGAAAGAGUCCAGAUCUCAUCACAGCCGGAUCCACAGACUCCUUCUGGAGCUCUGAUUCAUGUGCCACGAUACUUGGGCAACCUGCCCUUCAGAGUCUGGAAGAAGAUGAAAGACAUCAUCCAGAACACUCCUGUGAUUCUGGAUCCAAAUACUGCGAACCCAGAUCUCCUCCUGUCUGAUGAUCUGACCAGUGUGAAAUGGAGCGAGAACAAAGAACCAGUUCUUGAUAAUCCAGAGAGAUUUGAUGAUUGUCUUUGUGUUCUGGGUUCAGAGGGGUUUAACUCAGGAACACACUGCUGGGAUGUGGAGGUUAAAGAGUGCUCACACUGGAGUGUUGGAGUAACUACAGCAUCAAACCAGAGGAAGGGAGAAGAAUUCUUUAGCGCUGAUGUCUGGAGUGUGCGAUAUGAUGAGUACGGACUGUCUGAAAAGUUUGGUUUUCCUGUUAAACGUAAGCUUGAUCGUGUUAGAGUUGAUCUGGACUAUGACAGAGGAACAGUGUCAUUCUCUGAUCCUGUAACUAACACACAUCUACACACAUUCACAACCACCUUCACUGACACUGUCUUACCAUUGUUUCGUAAUCUUGAUGAACAAAACUAUCUGAGGAUUUUACCAGUUAACAUUAACAACAGAAAAUCGCUGUUGAAUCUGCUACUAAAUUAAUUACAAAAAUAGAUGUAAGACACAAGAUUAGAAUAAGAUAUACAAAUCUUACAUAUUUAUUCUGUGGAAUCAGAAAUGAAUGUAGUAAAUAGUACAAACAUUAGUUAAAAUUCAAAUGGGUAAAUAUCAAUAUUCUCAGUCUGAAAGAAGAUUAUAAAGGUAAUUGAUGAAAGACUGAUAUAUGACAGGUGAUGAACAUCAUCAUGAGGUGGAUCAGUUUAUAGUUGCUGUGUGGAAACAUUGUGAAAAUUGUGGCUAACUCAAAAGCUGCAUCUUAUCUUAUAAGGCUACAGUAUGAGGAUACUCCUUCAGAGCUUCUUUUGAACUUCACAACUUAUUCAGUUUGCGUGUUGAAACUUUUCAAGAUUAAUAAUAAAAUUGUUUUAUGCAAACAAUAAUAUGCAUUUGUGACACUUGUGAACACACCUAGUGUAAACUUGUAGUUUAUUUGGCUAAAUAGAGUAUUAUACGGUGGCCUCACAACACUCAAAUUAAGAAACAAUUAAUGAAGCAUUGCAAAUGUAUUUCCACUAACCUUGAAAUUAUAUUUAGUUGAGGGUUUUAGAGUUAGCCAUCUUAUAUAGUAACAUUUAACAAUUAAUCGUGGGAUUUUUCAGCUUAUUUCUGCUAAUAAUAUCCAAAAGACAAAGGAAUCAUGCAAUCAGGGAGUAAAAAAAAAAAAA